UUAAAAUGAUUCAAAUUAGGUUGAACUUUGAAUUUAAAUGGAAGAAUUUUUUAUUUAAAAUUUAUUUAUAAAAAUAAAUAUCAAUAUAAAAUUGUUAUUUAAAUUGGGCUGUGAAAACCAUAAACCAAACGCGACACGUACACAACAACAAACAAAGUACCAAUAUACUUUGACGUUGUUUCUGCAUUUUUUUUUUUUUUGAAGCUUUCGGCAAUGGGCGCCUCUGAAUCGUCUCUCGCAGCUUAUUCACUGAGUUCGGCCGAUCAAAUCUCCACUAUUUCUCAGCGAUCGGAAACAGUCGAUCCGAUUUUAGAGAAGCUUAAAUCCCUUAGAAUUACAUCUCCUAUACUGACCACACCGCCAACGGAUGGUAGCUUAACGGACAUUUUAGUGCGAAGACCGUCGUCAUCUUCAUCUCAAGCUGCUGUAAAUCCAAAGGUGUUCCUGGAGCUGUUAUCAGCGUACCGUGAUUGGCAAGAGGAGAAGGCUCAAACAAUUUGCAAGAAGCAGGAGGAUAUAGAAUACAAAAUAGAAGUCGCUGACGCUUUGACAGUUAAACUUCUCCAAAGUUUAAACCACUCAGUUUCCACAAUGAAGACUGCUUCACAACAUUUAGCAGAAGGCAAUUCAACUUUUGUACUGAAUAAUAAGAGUGUGUGUAGAAUCUGAUUAAGCUACUCUUGUAUAAUUCGUGUAGUUCAUACAUUGCAAGUGGAGCUUGGGGAGCUUAAAGAAAGGUUAACUGAGGUCCUCAGCAAUUAUGAGCCACUGUGCAACAGAAUAGCUGCAGGGGGACCUGAACCUCUUCGAUCUAUCAAGCCAUUUGCGGUUUCCACUUCAAACUCGACUAGCUUAUCUUCAGGUAAGGUAAACCUAUUAGUCGAACUUCAACGUCCACAUUCUCCCAAUUAGACUAACAUUUUUUUUUCUUUUUAAUCUCAUCUGUAAAUAACUGACAUUCUUUUACCCUUAAUUCUUUCUUCAUUGAGAUUGAUGUUUA